GCCGAACGGGCUCGCGCGCUCACAUUUAAAGGAGAAGCCGUUGGCUCCUGGUGGCCAGCGCGCUCACGUUUAACGGCGUUCAUAGCCGGGCUAUUGUAGUCAGCACGGCGACCGGACACAGCAUUCAACCGCUUUCUUUUAUUUCAUUACGUAUUGUUUGUGUGUAUUUUAUUUGUCUCGUCUCGGGUUUCGGUUCGGACCGACCGGGGGGACGUGUCCGUUUGGAUUCUCGUCGAGGAAAAACGACCGCGCUGUUAGAAUAAAUGGAGGUGUAUUUCUGCCGUAAAUAAGUUGGAGUGCUCGGUGUGUGUGUGUGCUGUAACGUCACUGCGCAGGAGGUAGCGCACGCGGCGGAGAAAAGCGGAGAGGAGACGCUCGAGCGCGUCCAGGAGGAGAAGAACAGCGGCGUUAGAACCGAGAGAGAGAGAGAGAGAGAGAGAGAUCUCCGUGACUGUCCCGCUCUGUCUGUCCGCCUCCCUCUCUCACUACCGCCCUGUCUAACCCGGGAUUUCUGCCUUUGUCUUAUCAUCAUCAUCAUUAUUAUUAUUUUUCACCCUUUUUAAUACACACCGGUCCAAAAAUGCAGCUCCGGACCGUUUUGGAUGUCAAAGUGGUGGACGUGGAGAAAAGGCGGCAUCCGUCCAAACACUACGUGUAUCUCAUCAAUGUCACUUACUCCGAUUCCACGUCCCAUAUUAUUUACCGGAGAUACAGCAAAUUCUUCGACCUUCAGAUGCAACUUCUCGACAAGUUCCCAAUCGAGGGAGGGCAGAAAGACCCCAAAAAGCGCAUCAUCCCUUUUCUUCCAGGUAAAAUCCUGUUUCGACGGAGUCAUGUACGAGACGUGGCUAUGAAGAGACUGCGCUUUAUAGAUGACUAUUGUAGGGCGCUGGUGCGACUUCCUCCCCAGAUCUCCCAAAGCGAGGAAGUGCUGCGCUUCUUCGAGACCAAACCAGAUGACAUGAACCCUCCUGUAGAGGACUAUGGCACCAAGCGCAAAUCAGUUUGGAUGUAUGGCCUACAGGACAGUCCCACCAAGUCUGAGGCCUCAGGCCUGGACAGCACUGAACCCAUGGUGUUGGAGCAGUACGUGGCUGUAGCCAACUACGAGCGGCAGGAGAACUCUGAGAUCAGCCUGCGCGCCGGCGAGACGGUGGACGUAAUCGAGAAGAGCGAGAGCGGCUGGUGGUUCGUCAGUACUGCGGAAGAACAAGGCUGGGUUCCGGCCACAUAUCUGGAUGCUCAGACCGGCACUAGAGACGAUCUGGACCUAGGCACGUCUAGAUCAGGAGAAGUUACUAAGCGGCGCAAGGCCCAUCUGAAGCGACUGGACCGGAGGUGGACACUAGGGGGCAUAGUCAACCGCCAACAGAGUCGAGAGGAGAAGUACAUCACUGUGCAGCCCUAUACCUGUCAGGGUAAGGAUGAGAUCGGGUUUGAGAAAGGAGUAACCGUGGAGGUCAUUCAGAAGAACCUGGAGGGAUGGUGGUAUAUCAGGUACUUGGGCAAGGAGGGCUGGGCCCCUGCUUCAUACCUGAAGAAGCUGAAGGACGACCUGUCCCCAAGGAAGAAGACCCUGACUGGCCCUGUGGAGAUCAUUGGUAACAUCAUGGAGAUCAGCAAUCUGCUUAACAAGAAAGCCGUCAGCGAGAAGGAUGUGCAGACGGAUGGAGAACCCACCACUCCGGACCGUCACAUCUCCAAGAGUGAGAUUAGUCUUCCCAUGCCAUGUGCCCCUGAAACAGACCAAGCUCCAAUGACAGCCAGCACCUCCCCAAAGGCAGCCUUACAGUCUGCCUGUAGUGCCACCCUACAAGACACUAAGCCGAAGGCAGAGCCGGGCUCGCCUGCUAUAGCAAGAGUGGCACCACACCGAGUGGAGAUCGGCUUUGACGCUAUAGGAUCUCCAAACCUCAGACAGAAGCCUCCCCCUCGACGAGAUACAAAUCUGGGAUUCCAGCUGCCGAAGCCUCCAGAGCCCCCUACUGUAGAAACAGAGUACUACACCAUUGCAGAGUUUCAGUCCUGCAUCUCAGAUGGCAUCAGCUUCCGUGGAGGACAAAAGGCUGAUGUAAUAGAGAAGAACUCUGGUGGCUGGUGGUAUGUCCAGAUUGGGGACAUGGAGGGUUGGGCACCUUGUUCCUACAUUGAUAAGCGCAAGAAGCCUAACUUAAGCAGGAGAACUAGCACACUCACUCGGCCCAAAGUGCCACCCCCGGCACCACCUGUCAAAAAGCAGGACUCAGAGGACACAUCUUGCCCCAGUGCUUCCGCCUCCAAAGCGCCAGAAUCCCCCAGUAGGCCUGUAUAUGAAGAGCCAGAGUAUGACAUUCCUGCUAUCGGAUGUGAUCUGGAAGUGGACACAAGCAUUAUAAAAAAGGAGCCUCGUCCUGUGCUUAUAAAAAGCAGUAAAGCUGCUGCUGAAAGGAUUGCUCAGGCAACAGGUAAAGCGUCACCUCUGUUUACUGUGAAGACUUCCCCCUUAAGAAAUGAACACACAGUGGAAGAAGUUACCAGAGAGGAGGCAAUUUAUGAGAAUGAUGGUUUUAGAUAUUCCUCUGAUGACUUUCUCUCUGCCAGAGAUUCUAGCUCUGUGGGUUCAGAAUCCCCAAGAAGUCGCACUUUGGGACGCAGACCCCUGGGGUCCUCAUCUGGAGGAGGAAAAUCUUACAGGGAUCCUCCAGAUCUGCGCACUCAGUCCCUAACCCGUGGUGAAAAGACCAGCUCAAGAUUGUUUUCAGAUGAAUCUGGCCGGAAUCCCAAAAGAGAGCCAGUUUUGCGCAAGGAUGUGGAACUUCGGAUCGGUCAGAGCCCCUCAACUCGUCCCAAGCCAGUGGUUCGACCCAAGCCCCUAUUGACCAAGUCUGAAACGCAAAACCCAGAGAGAAUGGACAUUAGUAGCUUGCGGCGGCAGUUGCGCCCUGCUGGAAUUCGACAUGGGAUAGUCCGUGCCCGUGGUGGAGAAGACUCUGAGACAGCAUCUGUGGUGUCAUCAGAGGAUUCUGUGAGCUCUCGUAGUACUUCAGAUCUCUCCAGCACCUAUUCAAAGGGCAGCAGAGGGGACUCUGAUUAUGAGGGUGCAUUGUACCGUACUACAGAUGCAUAUGAGCGAGCACAGGAAUCUGAGCUCAGCUUUCCUGCUGGUGUUGAGGUGGAGGUACUAGAAAAGCAAGAAAGUGGCUGGUGGUAUGUCCGCUGGGGUGUGCAUGAGGGCUGGGUACCUACAUUCUACCUGGAACCCAUUAGGCAACCUUCAGAUCCAGGUGUCUCUGAGUCUCAUGAUGGAUCCCUGGCAGAGCUGAGCAAUACAAGCAAGUCGAACAGCUUAGAAAAGAAUGAGCAACGUGUCCAGGCUCUUAAUAACCUAAAUCAGCAGAAUCUACGUCGAGCAACAAAUCCCAGCCCUCCUAUUCCAAAUAAGCCACCCGGUGGCUUUAGUAAACCAUCCCCCCAGCUCAACGGUUCAGGUGUACGAAUGCGGAAUGGCGUUCGCCAGGCAGCUGUGCGACCACAGUCAGUUUUUGUGUCCCCUCCACAGCCUGUAAAGGAUACCAAUUUAUACUCAGGGUCCUUAAGGCGCAAUGAAUCACUAGGUGCCGGCGAUCACAUGAGGUCCAGUAGUGGUGUGCGCCGAAACUCCUCCUUCACUGCUGUGCGGCCGCAGCCUGCUACCGAUGUAAGGAUGAGGUCUGGAACCACCACAGUUGCACCAGCCGGAAGUACUAGCCCCUUGAUUGCCCAGAGAAAUGGAAUUCCAGUCUCUACCGUUAAGCCCAAGCCCAUCGAGAAGACACAUCUCAUUCAUAACAACCUACGUGAAGUCUACGUCUCUAUUGCAGAUUAUCGUGGCGACGAGGAGACUAUGGGCUUCCCUGAAGGCACCAGUCUGGAGGUUCUAGAAAAGAACCCUAAUGGAUGGUGGUACUGCCAAGUUCUAGAUGGCCUACAAGGAAGGAAAGGCUGGGUGCCAUCCAACUACCUGGAAAGAAAGAAAUAGCAUCCACUCACCUCCCCAAAGAAUGUUACCUAAAUUUAACUGUACAUUUGCUAUCAAACUUUAUGAGGAGGACCUUUUUGUAUCAAUAUGUGACACUUUAGUGCUGGUUUACCUAAAAGUACAUAAAGACUCUAAAGAUGAUCAGUUAUGUCUAAGUGGAGUACGCAAGUAAGAAAAUGCAAAACUGGGUUAUCCCAGUGUCUUAAACAUCACUGGAGGAUAAUGUCUCCAGUUUGAAAGAAGAAGAACAGAAAUGGUUUUUAAUAGAAUGGUAGGCAAAUGUUGAAAGAAAUUUUAUGCCAAAUGGGUGCCUUUGUCCAUCAUUGACUGAAUGUCAAAAGGAAAAAUUUGAACACCAGUGAAUCAGUAUAAGUACCAAACUUCAACUUGGUGCCAUAGGCCUAUGAGUGCAGAAAUCAACCAAAACUAUUUUUGCUACAAAAUUACAGUUAAAAGAGAGAUUUCCUUAUGAGAGUAACACACAAAAUGCGUUAGCACUCAAAAACGAGAAUGUAAAACAUCGGAUACGCAAACAACAAAUGGUCUUUACCGUUGAGUGCAUUUAAAGAUUACAUUUGCUUUUCAUAUUUUGAAACUUUUGUUCAUUUUUUUUUAUUGCUUUAUCGUAUCUUGUGCAUUUUCAUGUCUUCCUUAGAGAUGUAUUUCUGCUUUCUUGUGACAUCCCUGCAACUCUAUUGGCCUGGAAAAAGAAGUCCCUCACCGAGAUCCUUGUCAUGUGAUCUUUUAUGUCUUCUGAUGUGUCUCUGAUGAGGUUUUUUCGGAAUUGGCUUCACGUUUUUAGCUCUCCAUUUUCCUUUACCCCGUUCCUUGCAUAUAAAGCCCAGCCAUCAUGAAUAAAGAUCACUGAUUCUUUAAAAAAUAAGAUGUGGUGCAAUUAUGUGUAACUCUGACAGUCAAAUCUAAAUUGAUAGUAAUGGAUAAGUUGGUUUUAAUACUUUUUACCCACCUCAUAUCUGGGUAUCAGGCCCAGGCAAGGUAAAGUUUACAAAAUUGCACAAAACAGGUUAUAUUGCUGCUCUAUGUCUACACUAGUUACUGUUUUAAAAUUUCAUACUGGAACAUAUGGCUUAAUUUUUGCCGUUCUUUCCCAGGGAAUUAGUUACAUAGAAAUGAGCCCAAAAUGUGAUCAAACGAAAGCAAAAUACCAACACGUUUGCUAGUUUGUUUUGUUUUAGUUUUUUUUUUUUUUUUUUUUUUUUGUUACAAAACCUUGGUGUAGUCAGUCAACCCAAACGAGGUUUUAGAACUGAGCAAAAAUAGAUAUUUAAUUACUAUAUCUGGAAGCACUUGAUUUUUUAUUUUUUUUGCUUUACCCACAAAAAGCACAUUGAUACGGUUAAUUUCAACAUAUAACGAUAUUGCUGGGCAGUAUUGGAUUCAAAGUUGAAGUUACACAGCAGUUCAGCUUAAAUUUAGUUUUUGAGUUUUUUUUUAAUUGACUUACAAAAUUGGCGUUAAAUUAGAAGUUCCUCUGUAGAUUAAUACAGCUUGAAUAUUCAUUCCUUCCCAAAUUAUUAGUCGGUUUGUUUUUUUUUUCGAAAAAGAAAAAACAAACAGUCCCCCUCUUUCAUUUAUUAUUACUUAUAAAUAAAUUAAUAAAUAAACAUAUGGUUAUGAUCCAUGUCAAAAGGCUGAUGUUCAAGACUGCUGAAAUAUUUUUCUAACGAACAGUGCCAUGUGAACUCUUAGUCGGGUCAAGCACUAAUGUUUUUUGUGUAGUUUUUCUGCUGGACAGUAUUAUAGUAUUAAACAAAGUUAAGUACCUGCUAGAUUGCAGUUAUAUUCUAUUAAGCAGUAGUCAGUUUUUUGUUUGUUUGUUUGUUUGUUUGUUUGGUUUUGUAUGUUCUUGUUGUGUGAUCGCACUAGGACAAUAAUGAUGAAUGGAGUGGUUCAUUUGUUGUGAGAUGGUGCAUUCUUUUGGUAAAUCAAAAAUUAUUAGCACAUUAUUUAUUGAACAAAAAUUUUCUUUUUUUGUAUUUAUAAUUAUUUAAAUUUUUUUCUAAAGAAAAUCUUCAUUACCUCUUCUUAUUUUGCAUUCAGUGCUUAUGCCACUGCAUAAAGAAUCCUCAGUGGCGCCCUCUAGUGAAGCAGAUUGGCUACUGCUAUAUUCUUGUUCAUAUUUUUUUGUGCCGCCAUUGAUCUGAGGCCAACUCGUGUAUUCCCCACUGUUUAUAAAUACAAAUGCAGCUAAAAUGUAAUUACUAGGAUUUAUUUUGUAAGAUUAUCUUAUUUUUUUCCUACACAUUUCCCCCCCCAAAGCUGAAAAGAUUUGCUGCACCUUAAGCAACUAUGGACACUUCCUCUCUCAUUAUUGGACUUUCUAUAAUGCCAGAUAUUUUAUUUGUUUCAUCUUUAUACCCUAAUUCCUUUAUAUGAAAGUUACAAUUGCGAACAAAAACCAAAACUGUCUUAUACCAGUUACAGGAUGGUGGAUCAAUGUAAAGUAGUUUUCAAAUGAAUUGAUUCAGUCAUUCGGUACACAGAUCAUUUAUUCUGUUCUCUGUAGAAAUAUUAGUAAUGUGUUAUUUGCCAAAAAGAUUUGAAAAGUAAGGAAAGUUCAUUUUAAUUUAGUUUCCCUUUCCCUGCCAAAGACCGACAUCCCCCCCACCCCCACCCCACCCCACCCUGACGAAGGCAUUAUAGAAGAAACGUGUCGACUCACUCCAACGCUUUCAAUGGAUAAUGCGCUUUUGUUAAGUAAAUUCCAUUUACAUUUUGCGCUUCAUUUUGUUUGCAUCAACAAUUUACAAGGGAAAUAUUACUUCACGCAAGGCCUUUUUUGUAUCAUGUUAUUGUGUAUCAUCUAUUCUUUAUUGCCUGUCUUCAUUUUUUUAUAUAUAUAUUUUUAUUGUGAUUUAUUAUUUCCUUUAUCCCCCAUAUGUUUUUUUGUUUUUUUUUGUAACACAAAUAUAACGAGGAAAUGUGCAAUAGAAAAAUCGGCAUCUCACCAAAAACAAGGAGUUUUUUUGAUACUGGAUCAAGACCCUAACUUUCUAAUGUCAGCUUUUCACAUCGAGUCAAACGAACAUCAACUGCCAUGUUUGUUCCGAUUGCAUAUUCCGAAUGUCCCAAUUACGCAGGACAGAUGGACAUUGGUGCCUGACUUCAUAGCAGGACUCUUUGACCUAUAUCGCCACAAGACCACAUGUACGGAUAACAAUGUCCUUAAUAAUCUUUUCUCUUCCUGCCAGUGGGAUAAACAUUUGAAGUGGGGGGUGACACUGGAGUCUUCCUCCAUCACACUGCCAGUGGUUUUUAUGUUUUUGUCCAUCCCACUUGGCUUGAACCCAGUUUAUCUCAACUUUAAAAGCAGGACCUUAUGACCAGCCAUAGCUUCCAUCUGUUGAUUCACUCUGUAUCUCUUUAACCAAUCAGAACAGGGAUUCUUGUCACCUCUUAUCUAUACAGUACUUAAGGCGUCAGAAAGCAUUGCACUGUUUGAUCCAUCCGCGCUCCCCCCGUGCGUGUGACUCUAAUCAGCAUUGUUUAAACGUAACAAAGCUCAUUGUUUUAAAAGAAUGCACUCUCAGUAAUAAAGAUAACCUUUUUUUCUUGAUGUAUGGAAACAUCUGGGAAGCUGCAUAUAGUGUACCGUUAAAGAAAUAAAUGAAAGCUGGCCAUUAAAAUCCAAGUAUGCACUUUCAAGCAUUUUUAAAAGUACACUAUAUUUAUGUUUCCCAGGUAAAGAUUAUACUAAAUGUUCCCUUGACGGAUCUACCCCGUCGCCAAGGAAAAGUGCUGUGUUUUCAAGUUAUUACUGAGAGUAUCAAGUGCGUAACUGGAUAAAUCCAACAGCUUUUAAAGGGAAAAACAUUGUUUUAAGUGCAGGAUUUCAGAGGCCUUUUGAUCUAUAGGAUACUCUUGUUCUUACAAGGGAAGUCGCUCUUGACGGCCCGAGCCAGUUUGAAAAGUCGGCUGAGUGAAACAGAACUGAUGCAGCACUGCAGUUUGCGCUCACUCUUCUGCUGGCUAAUUUUCCUCUCCACUGUUCAUUUCAUUAUUGGAAAAAAAAAACAUGGUAUUCUUAAAUUCUCUUCAGUUUGUCCAUCUGGGGAAAAUUUAAAUGUUCCAUGAAGAACUCUUAAAAAAAGGAUAUAAUUCCCAUAUAAAGCUGGUAACUAUCCAAAGAACUUCUGAGAAAUCUUUCUAUCUAAUAUAUCAUUAUGUUUUAUAAUCUGUCUCUAGUUUGCUUCUUGAUUUAAUCAAAGAUAAAAAAAAAAAGGCUUAUUAUCCCAUUAGCCAUGUUUAUAAGACUUACUUUUUUGUGCUUUCGAGUAGUGUUUCUAGAUCCUCCUUGCCUCUGAUCAGUCUGCUUCAGCCUAUGUUUCAGCAUGGGAUAAAUCCCGAAUGACAGUGUUGGUAAGAGUGUGUGUGUGUGUGUGUGUGUGCAUGAAUUGCCGGAGAUGGUUUGCAUGUCGGUAGGAUGUACAAGAAGUUGGAAAGCGAACGUUGAUCGAUGGAAGGUGUUGGUUAGUUUAGGAGGUGGUUUGAGCUCGGCCGGGUGAUACGAGAUCAAGUCGGACAGCUGUGAUGUACCUGUUCGGGCGCAUUCGCUUGAGUUGUAGCCCUGAAGACAUGAAAUCUGACAGGUGUCGGGGAAAACUGCAGGAAACAGAUGACCAGGCCUCAGAGAUAAUUAACGGUCAGUCUGUGGCCUGUGUGUAGCUCCGUGAAUCAUUUAUAGCGGGGCCAGGAAGCCCUGACAGCUCGUCUGAGGCUUUAGAGAAAGUGCGAGCUGGUGAAGCUUUGCCUCGGGCCUCCAUUUAAAAAAACAUGGCUUAUUGCUAGUGCUUUGGUAGAUUAUUGCGUCUGGCGUCAGGGCCUUUUUGUAUUCCGUACGGAUCGACUGUGGGCGGCCUUCAUUACAAAUCCCGCUUUUGAAGCACUGCGGGCUCUGAACGCUGCUGUGAAAUCACAUUAGCCAAGCAGCCAGUUAAUUACAGCUCUUUGGGGGUCGCAUCCUGAAUCCCAGUGACAGCUAACUGAGGAUACAGAGAGCGUACGGAUUAAUGACGUGUCAGAGAGGGAAAAAAAAAAAAUAAUCACCCGAAAUGUGACGUUUUCAUGUGAUGGCCGCCUCGAAAGACCUUAUGGCGAGGAGCUGAUAGAAUGUGUCUCUGUAUGUGUCUCUGUAUGUGAGGUCUGGUGAGAAGUGUGAAGUGUUUCUGAGGAAUUUUCUGUAGGUGUUCGUUUCAUGUUUGGGGUUUAUCCGGCGCUGUUGAUGCGAUAGAGCUGGAUCCAGAGUGGCAGGGUGCUGUGUUUUUCAUGCCGUCUUCUUGAUGAGAAGCAGCGAGGAACGCCGAACACGCUGGCUCUGUCUAAUGUCUCGCCGCUUGCUAGCUCCGUCUCUGCGUGACUCCUCGCUCUAAUUAUCAUUUCUCUUGUAUUAAUUAACAGUCUAAAAUAACGUCACGCUGAGGCAGACGACAACUCGUUCGAAAGCCAUCGACCGCUGUGUGUUGCAUCGAGUCUCACUCUGCCGACAGUAAACAUGCCAUCUAGAGCUGGGUUUACUAGCAGGGGGCCUUUAAUAACCCGCCCUCAGGAUCUGACAGUUAUAUAGACUCCUUCUCCUAGAGGAAUCGACUUCAAUGUUCAGUACGUUUCGAAAGCAGGUGGUCUAAAGCUUUAAUGUUUUUUUUUUUCAGCAGUGUUUUAUCUAUUUUGUAUUUUGUUCAUGUUUACAUUGUACCCUGCAUUGCCCUAAAAAAAACACACAAUAAAAUAUAUCAUUCUUCUUC